CGGUUGUUGAGUUCAUCGCAAUUACUGAGUGCCGAAUUUGGUGGUGGUUUGAGCAAUGUACCGGUAGUCGGAUUGCAGCAUUGAGCUGCAUUCAUCGUCCAGCUCUACACUACACAGAUAUCGACAUGAAAGGGUUUCCCAAACUUUUUUAAGCUGCGGACCCCUGUUUAUUAAUCUUAGUUUUGACGGACGGUCACGGACCCCCAUCAUAUGUCGUAUCAAUUUCUGUGCGUAACUAACGAGGAAGAAUAAUGUUUCAUCAACACAAAGGCCAUUAAUGUGAUAAUGCUGUAAUGACUGAAUGAGGUUGCUUUUCACUGCACAAUUCAUCAAUUCUCGGAGCUUGUAGGUCCGACUCUCAGACUCUACCGUUAGCGCCGACCUGAAUUUUUUUAUCAUAUCGGUGAGCUGAAAUUGCUGCCUAACACAUGAUGUAGGUCAUUUCAAGAGACAAUAAAAUUGCAAUUACCUUUUCUGACAACAAUGGAUAUUUGAUUGAAAUCGAUCAUUUAAAGAUCGCCUAGACAGACUCUUUUCAUAUGUUGCGGACCCAUGUGCAGUCAUCACAUUCACAUACCCCCAGGGGUCCACGGGCCCCAGUUUGGAAUACCCUGAUGUAGUUGAUUAAUUAAUUUGAUUUUUAUACUAAGAUAAUUAAAUUCUCUCUCAUUAUAGGCUACUAUGUUAUUUCUACUACUACUUGUCAGUUUUCAUGAAUAUGAGGAUGCUAUUAUAUUAAUAUAUUCAGACAUGUUUGAUUGUUUUUUUCGAUUUGACAAUGCUGCAAUGUGCUUUUGCAAUAUGAUCAUUUGAGUUAUCAGUGCAUAACUAUUUUUGCAGCUGAUGAGUUUGUUCAUUGAUUCAAUCUAGAUAAAUUCUGUAUUCUUUGCAGAACCAGAUCAUAAUUGAUAAUAGUUCACAUACCACAAACCUUAAUUUUUUUUAAUUUAAAAUUGGUGUAGAAUUUGAAACUUAGUUUAAAUUUUGAUAUUUUUGUCAAAAUGCUGACUUCUGUUAAAUCUGUAUUCCAAAGUCUUCGGUCACAUCGAGCAACAAUAGCAUUAUGUCAAAGAUGUUUGACGACAUCGAGUUCUGAACCUGCUAUUGAUCCCGUCACAUAUGAUAAAAGAGAAGAUGUGACCAUUAUCGGACUCAACCGUCCUCACUGUAAAAAUGCCAUGAACUCUAUUAUGGCCCAGCAGUUGAACAUUGUUUUGAAGUCAUUUGAAGAAGAUCAUUCUAGUAAUGUUGCUAUUUUACAUGGAAAUGGUACAGACUUCUGUGCAGGAUAUGACCUAAAAGAAGCGUCUCAAGGAGGGUUAAGUGAAGAAGCAAAAGAAGUGUUGAAAGAGCAUGGACCUAUGGGAAUAACACGUGAAGCAUUCAAGAAGCCUGUUAUUGCUGCUUUGAGUGGUUAUGUCAUUGGUGGUGGACUGGAACUAGCAUUAGCAUGUGAUCUUCGAAUAGCAUCUAGUGAUACCAUCCUCGGUGGUUUUAACAGAAAGCAUGGUGUCCCAUUCAUAGAUGGAUGCACAGUUCGGCUACCUGCAUUGAUUGGUUUAUCUCGAGCUCUCGAUCUUAUACUCACUGGUCGACCAGUUGAUGCCAAUGAAGCAUUUUCAAUGGGACUUGUUAAUAGGAUCUCAGAUGGUGAUUUAAUUAAUGAAGCUUUUAGGCUUGCCAAGCAAAUUUCUGAUCAUCCACAGUUUUGUCUUCUCACUGAUAGGCAUAAUACCUAUUAUUCAACUUACAAUGCAAAAUCACUCCAAGAUGCCCUGAAUCAUGAAUUUGAUAAUGGCUGGAAAGUUGUCAAUGUGGAGAGUGUUAAAGGAGCUCAAAAAUUUGUUAAUAGGAAAAGAUGAAUAACACUUCAAAUAACAUGGGAUUUAUUGGUUUUGAAAAAUUGUCUUCUUUAUACCUAAGCAUAUACUGAAAGUUCAAAUUUAUUAUAUCUGUUAGUUAUUUUUCACUACGGUUUAAUACUAUUGCUUCAAUUUCCACUUCAACAUUAAUUAUGGUUGGAAUACUUUAAUAUCGAGCUGUAGUAAGUAGUCACAUAUCUCAUACAUAGAAAUGUUUAUAAAUAACCAAAUAAUACUUGAUUUUGUGAAUAUUUCAAUGUCAUCAUUUUCAUAACAUAUAGUACGUAACUCAAAAAAUUGCAAAUUUUUUUUGAUGUAGGAAGACCAUGAACAUUUGCCCAACCACUAAUAUUCUAAAACCAAUGAAGAGUAUUUUGUUCCUAUACUCAGUGAAUAUUUUAUAACAAAGAACUUCAAAAUUUUGUACAGUUUCACUGUGGUCAAUGAACUCUGAUCACUGGAUAUUAAUUAUACUAAAUUUUGAAAAGUUGCCGAAACAAUAUCAAUUUCCUGAGAUUACAUAUUUUUGCUGACAAUUUACACUAAGCUACUCGUUGAAUGAAGGGUAAUCUAAUCGCCUAUCAAUAUAGUUCUUAUAAGUUUCAUUUCUGUAUUUAUUUUUGAUUUGAGUGUAGAGAUAAAUCAUCAAGCCAUGCCAUAUUUUUGUUGCAGUAAAGUCAAUGUGCUAUUAAAAAAGUUGCAAUAAAAAAUUAUUUGUUGUUUGAGCUCAA